AUGUCUAUUAUCCAACAAGUUUCCAACGCUACCCUAAAUGACAAUUGGCGUACAAUCAAUAUUGACGCCCUCGAUCCCGAUUCCUCUACAAACUUCGAUGUCUCCACUCUCGUCGCACAAUUCCCUCCUGUCUCCGACGCCGACAUUCGAACUCUAGCUCAACAGGUACGACAAUUACUUCGUGGAGGUGAUCCCGAGGGUGCUCUAAGGGGUGCUUUGGAAAAUGCUCCUUAUGGAAGUACUGAACAGGUUAAGGAAUUGCAUUUAGCUACUGUUAUGGAGGUAUUGCAAAGUAUUAAGGCGAGCGAGAUGACACCGUUGUUGAAGAAGGUUAUGGAGAGUGAAGGUGGUGUUGAUAUUGUGGAUUGCUUGAUGAAAUAUUUAUAUAAGGGCAUGGAAUCCAAAACUACAAAUGCAAAUACGAGCAAGCUUACGCCGCAAAGUACCGGUGGGUUCUCGCAAAUUGGGGGUGGGAGACCCGGAGCCCAGAAUGAGAGUAGUGAUUCGAGUACUGAAUUGGAGAAAGGCAAAGAUGAUAGAAGAUGA